UAUAAUAAUAAUAUUCUUCUUCUCUUCUUUUUCAGAUUCAAAACGUACAGAAACAUAAUCCAACAUAACAUUUAAGAAUGACAAGUGAUGAAGAAUUUUGUGAAUGCAGACCUUUGGGUUUCAUCUUAGGAUUACCCUUUGCUUUCUUGUCAUUAAUUUUAUCUCUCAUAGGUGCUAUUCUUUGGAUUUUCGGGUCAAUAUUUAGUUGCUUGUGUCCAUGCUGCAUAUGCUGCACAGGUUUGGUCAAUUUUGCUGUGUGUUUGGUAAAGCUUCCUGUUCGAGUUCUUAGAUGGUUCGUUGACCAAAUUCCUUGUUAAUUAGAGACCACAAAUCCUCUUUUUUUUUUCUUUCUUUUUGUUUAGUUUAUAAAUUAUAAUCCCUAUUUGGAAUUAGUUGUGUGAAUUAGUUUAGUCGAUAUAGACAAGUUGCAUAUAAAAAAGCUUCCAAUUGAGGUUGUAUAAGCUUGUUUUAGUUAGAGAUUCACAAUCAUUGUAUAAUUAUUUUUAAUUUUAUUAUUCAUUACAAAUAUAUUUUGUUUGAUGUUCUGUCCUCUUGGUUUUCCAUAAGGCUAUGUACAAUAGAGUGUUAAAAAACAAAUUCAAUAGUUGAAUCCUUGCAAUGAGGGUGUUGAAUAGGGUGUUUAAAGUGAUGUGUAUUAAUUGGUGUUGAAAGUUUUCAACAUGUUGAAUGUGAAAAGAGUGGAGUCCACAAAAUACUUUGUAAGAUUUUAUUGGUUGUUUUGAAUGUUUAAAUUUUUUAGUGUGUUGUGAAUGGUGGUGGAAUAGGAUGUUGAAUUUUAUUAAACAAAAUCAUUGUAGUGGGUAUAAAUUGAAUGUGUGUUGAAUUAUUAGGUGGA